AUGAUUAUAGCAACAAUAAUUCAAUGGUAUAAACACUAUACAAUACAUAGUUGUAUGUAUACAUUUAUGUCUACUUAUAUAUUGACAUCGUUUCAUAUUUAUUGGUUGGUGUAUUUCCUUGAUUCAAAUGCAAUAAUCAAGAAUCCUGAAUUGAAUAAAUUACCAUUAUAUUAUAUGCAUUUAAUUAAUUCCAUGGGUCUAAUCAUGAUAAUUACUGAUGCAGUAUUAUGGAAGCCAAAACGUAUUCCUUUCAUAAUUUCAUACAUUCCUUGUUGUAUAUUUAUGACUAUAUACAUUGUAUACUUAGAGAUUAUAAAUGUUAUAAACAACUAUACUGAAUUACUCGAUUCUAAUGGACAACCAAUUACAUGUCGUGUUAUAUAUUAUUCAUUAUUUUGGUUAAUAAUUACCAUAUUCAAUGCUUCCAGUUGUGGAAUAAUUCGUUUACUCAACUUAAAAAAAUGAACUUACAAAUUCUUUAUAGUUUUUUUGGAAAGGAAAGGAAGGGGAAGAAGAAAUCAUUCAACGAAUUAUCUAAUUCUGUAAAGUUAAUUAUAAA